AUGGCGCAAAUCCUGGUUUGCAGAGCUGCUAUUGCCCGGCUCGGUGGCCAAUUUAUACUCGGUAUCCCCGCGGUUCCAGGGCCUCUCCAAGACUGUCAUAUCGCGGAGGCGGCGAAAAUCCUCGGCAGCCGCUACAAGCAAAUCCACUUUCAGGACUGGGACCACUCGAAGGGUGUGCCACGCGACGUCAUCGUCUUCUUUGAGCAUGACCGCCGUUGGCAUGUUCUCCACAUCGGGAUUCACCGCCAGUAUUGGAACCAAGUAGACGCGGUAUUCGAGGAGCUCGGUGACCCGGAGCAUCCGGUGCACGAGCACCGUGCCGCAAUCUUGAAGGCUGUUAAUGAAAUUGGGUGGUGGAAAGAAGAGAAUCUAUGGGCUGGCCUUGAGGGCGACGUCGGUAUCGAGCAGUUCACUUUGGACGUUGGUGCAAGCGGCUACUUGGUCAUUAUGGCGGCAAUGUUUAUUGCGGAGGUUGGCGAAGUUGAUGAGAGCUACCUAGGACUGUCCAAGGCGAAGCGGGAAGUCAAGGCUUUGUUCGAGAGUGUUUUGCAGUCCUAG